UUUUUAAGACACAGAGAAUUCCUAGAUUUUUGUCCAAGCUUUCACACUCCCUUCUUUGCUACUACUCUCACACACUACUUUCACUCUCAAAAACACAUACACAUUAUUACACACACACACAUCUUGUUCUUCAAGUUCAUUCAUCUGUAUAGUCUGCUUACAUGUUGUGAUGUUUAGUAAAAUGAAGAUGAGGGUUCCAUUAGGGGCAGUCAUUGGAAGAUUUCCCUUUUCUUCUUCAAGUAAUAAUAAUGGUGGCCAAGAUGAAAAUCUUGAAGUGGGUGAUGUCAUUAGGCAUGAUAGAAAGUGUAGAGACAUACCUUUUCUUGUUCUCUUCAUUGCAUUUUGGAUUGCUUUUAUUGUUAAUUCAAGUUUUGGGUUCUAUAAAGGCAACCCUUUAAGGCUUACUCAUGGUUUGGACUACAAAGGGAAUCUAUGUGGUGACAAGAGUGGACGUCCCAAUCUUCAGGGGUUGGGAGUGAGAUAUUGGGUGAACCCUAAUCAAGUAUUUGAAAGUGGCUUCAAAGAUAUGCAUGCAGACUUGGAAGAUUUUAAAAGCAUUUGCUUGAAGGAUUGUCCUGUGCCAUCUGAAGAUACUCUCAAGUGGGUGUGUAAUUAUCCAGAAGGUGAUGAUAUUCGACUGUCAAUGGAUCAAUGGGUGACUCGGGAUUACGAUUAUUUUUCCUUUUUAACCCCUGAUAUGAGAAAAUCUUCCCUGCAACUCCUUGGUCCAUGCUAUCCUGUGCUUUUUCCAAGUGUAAAUGUUUUGUGGAGUUGUGAGUUCAUGGAACGCAAAUCAAACGUAUCUCUUCAACAGUGGCACCAGAUGGGUGGACAAACGGUUGAUGACGGCAUGAAUUUAGAUAAAGCAGUUCACAAGUCUAUUAACUCGCAGUCAUCCGUCUUCAAGCGUUAUGUUGCGGAUAUUGGAAAAGCAUGGCCAGUGCUCAUUGUCUGUGGAGGGAUCAUACCUCUAAUUAUAUCAGUGGUGUGGCUAGCCAUGAUUCAACGUCUUUUUGCUGCAAUGACUUGGAUAACUGUCGUCCUUUUUGAUGUUCUCAUUAUUUCCGUCACUAUGUUCUUUUAUUUGAAAGCUGGAUGGAUCGGAAAUGAUGCGAUCUCCCCAAUCAUUGGCCAGCAUGACCCGUACUAUCACUUAUCUGGUCGGGAAAGAGGCCAUCUUCAUUUUGCUGCAGUUCUUAUGACGAUUAUUAUGGCGGUAGCCAUCCUUACAUCUAUUGCAAUUGCACGACGUAUUGUUAUGGCAACCUCUGUACUCAAGGUUGCGUCUAAGAUCAUUGGAGAAGUAAGGGCUUUAAUUAUUUUCCCAGUUAUGCCAUAUGCCCUUCUUGCGAUCUUUUAUAUGAUUUGGAUUUCUGCAACUCUUCACCUCCUUAGCUCUGGUCAAGUUAUCAGAGAUAGAUGCAAUGCCAAUUGUUGUGCUUAUGAUCUCCAGUUGAAGCAAGUGAAUUGUGAACGUUGUUGUGGACAUACCAUCCACUACACUCCUCAUAUAGGGCUUGCUAUUUUAUUUCACCUCUUUGGGUGGUAUUGGGUCACACAAUUUGUCAAGGCUUUCUCUUCAACUGUUAUUGCGGGAUCCGUUGCUUCUCAUUAUUGGUCCCGGGGUGAAGUUCUUCAAGAAAUUUCAUUCCUUCCUAUAUUCUCGUCGUUAAAGAGGCUUGUGCGGUAUAAUAUUGGAUCGGUUGCUAUUGGUUCUCUUAUAGUUUCAGUCAUUGAGUCGUCAAACCGGAUACUAAAGCCGCUUCGCCGGAAACUCAUGGAUAUUGAUACCAGGACUCACAAUCGGGUCGGAAAAGCUUUAUCUGUUUCCUCCCAUUAUGCCCUUAUUUCAAUUGAGUGGAUCAUCAGAUCAGUGAACCACAAUGCUUACAUAAUGAUUGCCAUCACAGGUGAAAGCUUUUUUUCAGCAUCUGCAAUGGCGACAGAGUUAAUUAAGAACAAUAUUCUUCGAAUAGGGAAAGUGAAUGUCAUUGGAAAUGUUAUUCUUUUCCUAGGGAAGUUAUGUGUUAGCCUAGCUAGUGCUUUUUUUGCAUUCCUUAUGUUGGAGACUCACACAUAUAAAUCCGCACACGACAAGGUCUCCUCACCGCUGAUUCCGGUGCUAGUAUGUUGGGGACUUGGUUUCGUGGUAGCAACCCUCUUUUUUGCUGUGGUAGAGGUAUCGAUAGAUACCAUCAUACUUUCGUAUUGUCAAGAUUCUGAGGAGCAUAGAGGAAGUACACAAUAUGCUACUCCUCUUCUCAUGGAACCCCUUAGUGACCAUAAUGAGAUGGAUAGACAUGACCAAUGACCAAGUUGAUGAUUAUGGCAUUAGAACAUGAGUAAGUAUAUCAUGAUUCAUGAACGGUCAAGACCACAUGACAUGGUGAUGCAUGUGCAUGUGUAGAGAUUAGAGAAGAUCACGGCAUCAUGCGUUAAGGUCACACAGGUUACUGAAACUUGAGGUUUCGAUUAUUAGGAAUUACGCAGAGUUUAUCUCUAGAAUGUGUUGUAUGUAUUAUAAGGUAAUCAUAGCUUCCAUCUUGUCAUUAUGUAUAUGGAUUUUGCACAUUUCGCUCUAAGUUAAUGCAGUUCUUGAUUUAGUUGCAA